AUGGCUGAAGCUGCCACCGACGUGUCCUUCUCCUUCGACGUGGGCAACGGGCCGGUGGAGAUCGUGGUGCGGGCGCCAUCCCCCCUCAACGAUGACCAGUGGCACCGCGUCACCGCUGAGAGGAACGUCAAGCAAGCCAGCCUGCAGGUGGACCGGCUGCCCCCGCAGGUGCGCAAAGCUCCCACCGAGGGCCACAAGCGCCUGGAGCUCUACAGCCAGCUCUACGUGGGCGCCCCCGGCGACCAGCAGGGUUUCCUGGGCUGCAUCCGCUCCCUGCGCAUGAACGGGGUGACGCUGGACCUGGAGGAGAGGGCCAAGGUCACCUCUGGCUUCGUGUCUGGGUGCUCUGGCCACUGCACCAGCUACGGGGCCAACUGUGAGCACGGCGGCCGCUGUGUGGAGAAGUACCACGGCUACUCCUGCGACUGCGCCCACACGGCCUACGAUGGCACCUUCUGCAACAAAGACGUGGGCGCCUUUUUCGAGGAGGGGAUGUGGCUGCGGUACAACUUCCAGGCCGCAGGGCCCGGGCCCCGAGACGUGCCCGACGCACAGAGCGCGGCCCCCGACCUGACCCACGAGCAGUUCGCCUUCAGCUUCAGCACCUCCAAGGCUCCCUGCGUGCUGCUCUACGUCAGCUCGCAGAGCACCGACUUCCUGGCCAUGCUCCUCAAGCCCUCUGGAAGCCUGCAGCUCCGGUACAGCCUGGGCAGCCCCCGGGAGCCCUUCCUCGUGGACCUGGAGCACAGGAGCUUGGCCAAUGGGCAGCCCCACAGCCUGAACGUCACCCGCCGCGAGAGGACACUAGAGCUGCAGCUGGAUCACUACCCUCGAGUGAGCCACCAUCUGCCAAGUUCCUGGGACGUCCUCUUCAAUUCCCCCAAGUCGCUCUUCCUGGGAAAAGUGAUAGAGACGGGGACCAUCGACCCCGAGAUCCACAAGUACAACACCCCCGGCUUCACGGGCUGCCUGUCCCGCGUGCAGUUUAACGGCGUGGCUCCACUCAAGGCAGCCCUGCGCCAGACCAACGCGUCAGCCCAGGUCCACGUGCAGGGCCAGCUGGUGGAGUCCAACUGCGGCGCCUCGCCGCUGACCAUCUCCCCCAUGUCGGCCGCCACCGACCCCUGGCACCUGGACCACCUGGAGUCAGCCAGCGCUGACUUCCCAUACAACCCAGGACAAGGGCAAGCCAUCCGGAACGGCGUCAACCGGAACUCGGCCAUCAUUGGAGGUGUCAUCGCCGUGGUGAUCUUCACCAUUCUCUGUACCUUGGUCUUCCUCAUCCGGUACAUGUUCCGUCACAAGGGCACCUACCACACCAACGAGGCCAAGGGGGCAGAAUCAGCAGAGAGCGCCGACGCCGCCAUCAUGAACAAUGACCCCAACUUCACAGAGACCAUUGACGAAAGCAAAAGGGAGUGGCUCAUCUGAGGGUGCUCUUUGUGGUGCGGGAGGGGAGCAGGGUGGCCGCCCCAUGCGUCACUCCCUCGGGCACACCCUGGAAACAGCAGCACAAGCUGGGAGGCAGCGACAGAAUAUUGUUGAGACUGAUCACCACAGAAAAAAGAAACAGUACUUUUUAAUAUUUCUUUAUAGCUGAGUUUCCCCGUCGGUAUCAAAGCAAAAUAAUACAAAGAUGCUUUUAGAGUUUAAGCAAUGGUUGAAAUUUGUAGGUAAUAUCUGUCUUAUUUUGUGUGUGUUUAGAAGUGUUCUGAGAACCCGUGGUGACAGGGCAAGUUUUCUACAUUUUUAAGAGCCCUUAGAAGGUGGCUAUUUUUCUUGAGGAAAAGCUGACAAACAUACACGUGGCCCCCAACAUCCUCUUCCUUCUGCAGAGUUGACCAGUCGUAGGCACCUCCCGAAACUCGUCCUUCUGUUCCGGGCCCUGUGCAUUGGGAAGGGAACCCUCAGCCCCCCAGCGUCUCUGAGGGACACCCCAACUCAACAGGGAAGGAAGAGGGUGUCUGGCGCCUGACUAACAAAACAGCACAUCAGACUCGAAGCCUGGAAAACAGCCCCUCCCUGGGCUCAUCCUGGAUUCUAAACAACGAUGCCCACCCUGUGCCCAGCCCGAGCCCCGCUCAGUGCCCGUCACUUCCAGCCACGACGUUUCUGUGGAAGGACUGCCCUCUGCUCUCCCUGAAGCAUGCUGGGUGCAUCUUCUGUGUGAACACCCCCCACCCACCCCCAUGGGGAGUCCGGGCCAGAGGCGAUGGCUCGUCUGCUUCUGUUUCUUUUAAUAAAGCGAAAACGCGGGCGCCUUCUAGGGGAAGCGUCCGUUAAGUUGCUCUCCGGAUUUCACUUCAGCUCUCGUUCUGCAUUCCCCUUGUGACCAAAUCUCAGCACACGUCCAAGGGGAUCCCACGAUAAGGCCGCGUCUGCUUGCUGCACUCUUCCUCUGGAAGCCUGCGGACACACUGCCGUGCAGUCAGGCCCCAGGCCCCAUGCUGCUCCGUCCACAGCAGACCCCCCUCCCCCCGCGUGGUCGGAGAUCACCUGAGCCUCAGGUCCAUUGCAAACCUGACGGGCCACUGCCUCCCAGAGCACGGACCUCUCUCGUCAAACACAUCCAUUUGUCCAUUUCACCAUAAAUCCUGAUCACUCUUUCCGUAAAACCCCCUGCUUUAUUGAGACCUCCCAGCCGCUCUAACCAAUGGGAACAAAGCUCCAAGAGCCCGCCUCCUUCAUUUACCUUUUUAAGGAACGAGAAGGUCAUUCCCACAGGACUGUCGUGUGAUCAUCACACUUCAGGUUUCUUGUACUUGAUAAAUACUUUCCUUUAAAAACACAAAAAAUGUUGAUCCCAGCUUUUCUGCUUUUCUUCCUGGGAAGGGAUGGGACGCGGGUCCGGAGGCUUGGGGCUGUGCCGACGGUGCCGCUCGGUGAGAUGGAAGCGACUUCUCGGGACUCCAGGAGCCCCAAACUCCCCAGGGGGGCUUCUCGUCCCCAGGUGAUGGGAAUGUCAUCCGAGCCUUGGGUGACCCGGGCCACCAUCAAGGAGACACUGGACCCACUGCACUGAGGCCACCUCUUGGAGAUCACAGAAGGGUGUCCAAGUCCUCCCGCAGGGGCCUCAGAUCACCCUUGGCUUAGAGGAGGUCUAGCCACCCCUCUGUGACAUGCAUUGAAAACGGAUUGACUAUCCGAACGGCGUUACGAUUCCCAACGACGUGUUACAAGCAGGGCUGCCGUAAAGCACCUCCAUGUUGCUUCUGGCCCUUCCGGCCUUUGUCACAGGACACGGUACGACAGACGAAAUGCAUCCUGCCUUGCACCUCCUGAAGCCGCUCGACUCCACAACGCCUCAGCACCUCCGCUUCUCACAGCCACCAGGGCAGUCACCUGCCAGGGAUGACCCCAGAGGCAGAACGGCCAAGGCUGACCCCGAUACAGAAAUGCCCUCCCCUUCCCCCCACCUCCCUUCUCAACUCCCUCCUGCCACACAGGCUGAGACCCAAAACCCAGAGCUCUGCUCACCGGGUCCUGGACUCUCUCCAUCCGGUAGUCCCGGGGUGGACGCAGCCCUGCCCCGGAGGGUGGCCAUCCCGUGCCCAGUGGGUUUUCCAAAAACCCCGUGUCUGCUCACGACGGCCACACCCAGAACAGUCUAGAUGGCAAAUAAUUGGUUUGUGUGAAGAAACAAGUGGCUUUUUUCUCCAGCUCCCUCCCUCAGAAGUGUGGGCCCAGGCAGCCUAGAUGCCAGGUGCCGGUCACACAGCACCACCGCAAAGCCUGGAUGCUCUGCACCCCCACACGCUCGUUCCCCACCAGCUGCAAAUGGGCCAGAAGCAAUCUCCUCAAACCCAGGGCGAUCUGCAAGCACGAGGCCGGUUUGACCGUUUCAGGAGUCUGCCAAUAGUCAGUCCUGAGUUAGUACACACACGCACACACCUGACGGAUGCUGUGUCGCUGCCACCUCCAUCCCCACCCACAGCCACCCCCUGGCAGAGAAAAUGCGCUGCAGACAGUGGGACCCCCCUUCCGGGCGGGAGGCUUGACCAGGACAGACCAACAGGCAAGGGUGGGUUCAAACCCCUCAACUAGUGCAGCACCAGGCCAUUUUGAAACCCCUGGGGUCACAGCCAUUGGGCGCAUGGUCCCCCAAAGUCAGCUUGCAGCUCCUCUCCUGCCCACCCCUGACUGGUUGUGCCACCUUGGCCCGGUCCACCUGUGCCCCAAUGUGAGAUGGGCCAGUGUGCCUAUUUCAUGAUAGGAGGCUUUCAAACAAGACCUGCCUCUGAGGCCCCUGGUGGGACUCACUUCCGGCCUGUGGCCACAGGUCACCCAGGAAGCGGCCAGGUGCCAAGGCCAGGAUCUGGAGACAAAGGGGUGUGUACCCAGCCACAGGGGUGCACCGUGAUCAUGGGGCACCCACGGCCACCCAGGCCAGUGUGGCACACCCACUGUCACCUGGCCCGCCGAGCUCUGCUGCACGCUGCUUCCUGCAUGCCUGGUGAGGCUGUGUGCUCCCCACUCAGCAGCCACAGCUCGGGCGACGAGCCAUCGGGCUCACACGAGUGCACCCACGUCUGCAGGUCUGCUUCCAGACGUCGUGUCUGUCCUGAGAGGCUGGAUUCGGGGUGCCAGGUCAAGGGAGGUGCCCCUGUUGAGGCCAGGCAGCCAUUCCAGACAUCACUGACCCCCAGGGUUAGCGUCCUCGGUGGGCAGGGUGGGGGCUGCGAGCAGGUGGGGACUGUGAAAUGCAGGGUCAUGACUGCCUGUGAAGUGGGCUAGAGCCGCAUCCUGUGAGUUAACAGCAUGUACCCGAGAAUGAAAGAGGGGGGUGGUGUAUGUAUGCUAAUAUUCUCUGUGAAUGUCUCUCAGUUCUUUCAAAGUAUAUUAGAAACCAGAUUGAUAAAUAAAAAUGCGAAAUAGUUUUAAUUAUCCUA